UGGGGCAGGUGGGAGCGGGGCCGGAGCCUCCGAGUUGUCCUGCCUGUGUCCCCCAGGGUCGAGUUCGUUCUAGGUGAGGUUCCUGGGUUUCCUGUUAAAGUAGGACCUCUGUGCCGAUUAGGUCCGCUUCUGUCCUCCGUCCACACUGUGGUCCCCUCAGGGUAAGACGACAGAUGGUUUAGUCCAGCGGAGACACUCCCCCUGGGCCACAGCGAGACGACAGACAGCGAAGGGCAGACCGCGCACGCAUGCGCAGAGGCGCAGCAUGGGGGCGGGAGCCGCUAAGCCCCUUCCCCAAGGCUGUGGAGACCAUCUCUAGGAAGAUCUCUGGGUACAAUUAUGAACACGAUGUAUGUGACAAUGGCUCAAAUCUUAAGAUCUCAUCUGAUAAAUGUUUCGGUGAUAUCUAAUAGAAUGAAAAUGCUCCCAUAUCUUGGUGUCAUUAAAAAUAGAAUGAUGUCAACUCAUAAAUCCAAAAAGAAGAUGAGAGAAUAUUAUAGGCUGCUCAAUCUGGAUGAAGGAUGCUCUGCGGAUGAUGUCAGGGAAUCUUUUCAUAAGCUUGCCAAGCAAUACCAUCCAGACGGUGGCUCUAGUACUGCAGAUUCUGCAACAUUUAUAAGGAUCGAAGAAGCUUAUAGGAAGGUGCUUUCCCACGUGCUAGAACAAACAAAUGCCCAACAGAAUAAAGUUGGAGAAGCAGAGGAAGAAGAAGACAAAUUCAAAUAUAAAACACCCCAACACCGGCAUUAUUUAAGUUUUGAAGGUAUUGGUUUUGGGACUCCAAGUCAACGAGAGAAGCAAUAUAGGCAGUUUAGAGCAGACCGUGCAACUGAGCAAGUGAUGGAAUAUCAGAAGCAGAAACUACAAAGCCAGUAUUUCGUCGAUAGUUUGAUUGUUAAAGAUGUAAGACAGAGUAAAGAACAAAAGAUAACUCAAGCUAUAGAGCGUUUAGUAGAGGAUCUCAUUCAGGAAUCAAUGGCCAAAGGAGACUUUGACAAUCUCAGUGGGAAGGGAAAACCUCUAAAAAAAUUUUCUGGCUGUUCAUAUAUUGAUCCCAUGACUCACAACUUGAACAGAAUAUUGAUAGAUAAUGGAUACCAACCAGAAUGGAUCCUAAUGCAAAAGGAAAUAAAGGAUACCAUUGAUCAACUCAGAGAGGCGAUUUUAGUGUCAAGGAAAAAACUUGGGAAUCCAAUGACACCAACUGAACAGAAACAGUGGAGCCAAGUUUGUGAGCAGUUUCAAGAAAACAUCAGAAAACUAAACAAGCGAAUUAAUGAUUUUAACUUAAUCGUUCCCCUCCUGACCAGCCAAAAAGUCCAUUUUGAUGCACAGAAAGAAAUUGCCAGAGCCCAGGAAGUAUAUGAAAGCCUUAUAAAAACAGAAGUCACAGAUAAAAACCCAGACAACACUGAUCAGGGAGAAGGGGAGAAAACACCUGAAGUCAAGACAAGUUUUUUUAACUGGAUGAAUGUGUGGAAAUUUAUUAAAAUAUGACCACUUAAAUAUUCACAGUACUACCUCAAACCAUUUUCAGUUGUACUGACAUCACACUUAGAAGCUGAGAUUUAUUGCUGUAACACAAGAGUCUGAGAACUGUUGAGUCUCUGUACUUUUUACAAAACUAAUCACAUCUCCAGUGAUGUGUGAGUGAGAAAACUGUUAAGAAACUGAGCCUGAGAAACGUUCAACCAGCAUUGCUCUGAGGAUGUUGCAAGAAAAGAAGAGAACUCCUGGAAAACAAUUUAACCCAUUCUGGAGUUUAAAUGUCAAUCAUGGGUGAAGUGAGUUAGGACAAGGACUCAGACGGGAUCAUAUAAAGGGUAUUCCAAAAAGUCUUAGGGCAGUUUUCAGCUCUAAUACCUCAAAAACAGUUGCUGUUGCCAUCUUCAAACAGUUACUGAAACAAACAACAACAACAAAAAAAACCUUAAAAAGUAGUAUCAAAGUUCACAAAACGAAGGAAGUAUAGACUGUAGGCAAGCAAACCUUCACAUGAUGAAUGUUUCUUGCAAGGUUGCUGCAUUUAUACACCUGAGGUUAUUAAAGCUUACAACUGUUCUAAGACUUUUAGGACACUCUAUGUGGGUGGAAAUGUUACGAUCUGGAAAUUAGCCCAUUGGAGUUACUGCACUCUUCCUUUUUCAUAGACCUUCUCUGUGGGUACUGAAUAAAAACAAAACAAAACCAAAAAGCACGAAAUACCUGGGUUGUUCUUUUUCCUGCCCAACUUCACUAUCUUGGCUGUAGAAAUCCAUCAGCCAAGCUAGUUGAUAUAGCUGUUCUAGAAAUAGACUCCAGUGGCCACUUUUAAAAGAGUUUGGGUGUAUUCUCUGCCCUUUCGGAGGUAAAAGAAAAAAAAAAAAACUCCUUGAGCUCAGGUGAAACUUAAGGUUUCACUUCUGGCUUCAUCUCUAAGUUUACCUGAAGCCUCUCUGUGUCAUGUCUCAGAUUCCCCGGAGGCUUUUUCCAUCUGAAAAUCUCAGUGUACGGAUCCAAUUUCCGAUCUGAGGAACCCUUUCAUAAAUGAAAAGAUGUCUGAAUUUUGCGCCAGUUUGCACUUUUGGCAAAUGACAAGAGAUUGAUAUUCAUGAGAUUGUUGCGUUCUGUCCACUUACAGAAAAUCUUACUUUUUUAGGUUUGCGUAAUUGCGUUAGCCACAGAAUUGGGCAACUAGAAGAAUACAGAGAGUGGUCAAACAGAGCGGAUCUGUUUCCUUAUUUAACUCAGAGUUCUGGAUUAUGGAUGUGGUUCAGAAGGGGCACUUGCCACCCUGAUUUUGAAAGAACAAGUUAUUUUGUAAAGUGCGUGAUGGUUAAGUAAAACUGCGUCUUCAAAGGAAAUGUCAGGACUUUCUGCUCAGAUGAUGGGGUAAUUAAUUGGUAUAAUAUGUCAUUGUUUUACUGAAUGAGUUAUGUGCCUUCUCCAGUGAUGGCAUUACUCUAAACAAAAUUGUGAACAGUAGGUAAUAUAGCUACAUAAUAAGAACUAUAGUUAUAAAACAUUUUAGAAGGCUAGGAUUCUGUGAAUCUUGUUAAGAAUGAGGGGUGCCUGGGUGGCUCAGUUGUUUAAGCAUCUGCCUUCAGCUCAGAUCAUGAUCCCAGUGUCCUGGGAUCGAGCCCCACAUCAGGCUCCCUGCUCAGCGGGGAGCCUGCUUCUCCCUCUCCCUCUGUUGCUCCCCCUGCUUGUGUGUGCCUGCGCUCUAUCUCUGUCAAAUAAAAUAAACAAAAUCUUAAAAAAAAAAAAAACAAUGGGAAUUAGAUGUAUGACACCUAGUUGCAUUGCAGCAACAUAAUACAAAGGAAACCAUUUUGGGGCACCUGGGUGGCUCAGUCAGUUGGGCAUCCGCCUUCAGCUCAGGUCAUGAUCCUGGGGUCCUGGAAUUGAGCCCCGCAUUGGGCUCUCUGCUCGGUGGGGAGCCUGCUUCUUCCCCUCCCACUCCCCCUGCUUGUGAUCUCUCUCUCCCCCUGUCAAAUAAAUAAAUAAAUCUUUAAAAAAAAAUCAAAGGAAACCAUUUUCAAUAUUGGAUAAUGGGAAGGUAAAUUUACCAGAAAGCACUAGUAAAUCCUUAAUUUCAACACAGCACGCUUUAUGUUCGUAAAUGUUGUCUAUAUUAAUAAGGUGAAUAAAGUUCAU